AUGCUGAUGACGGGUGCCAUGUGGCGUGACAAGGUUGCGCAGGAAUUUGGAAAGGAGCAUGGGAUCACGAUCGCCUCGCCCGCUUGCUUCCUCGUGGCCUCAGCGCUGGCGAGGGCCCGCUGGUGGGUAGCGCCGCCAGCGACUGUGGUUUUUGCGCUGGCGCCGUCUACGCUUCUACGCCGGCUGCUACAUGGAGCGCGCUGGAUUUCGACGUCACUUCGGGCCGCCCUGGGGAGGGACCCCAUUCGGGGAAGAGAGGCGACCGAGGGCAGACCGCAGCUGCAACGGCGGGAGAGGACUGUCGUCGCCUCCCUUCGGGAGACGGAGCGAGUGCAGCCAUGCGAUUUGCUGGACGCCCGAACUCUGCCCUUUUCCGCGCCGUCAGUCACCAGCUAA